AUGGCCGCCCAGGAAGCCACUCCAAGCAGCCAGGCAGAGGAGAGCAGCUCUUUGGACCUGCCAUCAGCUUCUGACAUAAGAAACUACGUGCUGCGGAAACCCAGCCAGGAGGUCAACAGCGAGGCAUGGAGUUCUCUGGAAGCCUUUUCUUUUCCCAGCUCUUCUGAUGUGGAUCCAGAUACCAGUAACCUAAAUGCUACACAAAAUGAUGUCUGGGCCUCUGAGAACUUCUGGCUUGACCCUUCGGGGAGAAGCCAACCAGCAACCCCGGAGGAGGACAGUGAACUUCGGAAAUCCCUGGAUAGAUUCUAUGAAGUGUUUGGCCGGCCACAGCCAGCGUCUCGAGACCCUUUCUCUGCAUCCGUCCUCCAGUGCCUGUCUCGGAAAGUGGCUGAACUGAAGGAGCAGGAGAACCAGGAGUACGCGCUCCGCAGUUUUCAGAUGGCCCAGGUCAUCUUCAACCGGGAUGGCUGUUCCAUCUUACAGAAGCAUUCCAGGGCCAGCUCCUUCUACCCCCUGGAGAAAGGAAGUGUGUCUCUGGAUGAGGAACAGCCAAUCCCGGGACUCUCCAAAGAUGUCCUUCAUUUCCUCUUACAGCAGAAUGUGAUGCAAGACCCCUGA